AUGGCGGCAAUAGUGAGAAGAGGGUUGCUGCCCACAGAGAUAGAAUAUCUCGCGGCAGAGUCCACAGAGAUUGAUAUCGUGCCCUCUCUGUCCCUCGACCGAGUACGGCUGCUAGGAGGCAUCUACGGCCCAUUCCGUCCGCCGGCCACGUGCAAGGUCCCACUAUGGCUGGCGAUCAACCUUCGAUCCAAAAAGAAAUGCAAGAUCGUCCCUCCGGAAUGGAUGAGCGUCGGUGACCUCCGGGAGGCUUAUGACCAAGAGGUUCGAGCAGCACCCUUCGCAAAGCUUCCUCAGGACUAUGCUAUUAUUGCCAAGGUCUUACUCGAAACGGCAUCGAGUGAUAUCCCCGACUCUGACCAAAUCCGAGGAUUACUCAAGGAUCUUCGCGAAGCCCGGCAAGCCAAAGUCAUCUCCGGCCUCAGUGCCAUUAAUUCUGCACACCUUGAGAUGACCAAUGUCACUUCCCUCGAAAUCUGCGAGCUAAGGGCUUUCUUCACCACAGCAUUCAAUCAUCUCAAGGCUAUUGAGUCGAACGCCGCCGCUACCAACGAUGCAGAGGAAACGAAUAACACUGCAGAGAAUGACUUGAGCGGUCUCGACGGUGGACAUGCCUUGACUUUCGACGACACAACAAUGGGCUAA